UUGCCUGACGUGGCUGCCGCGGUGCCGGAAGGCGGCCUGCCGCGCUGGGCCGCCAACGGCGUGCUGCCGCUGGUGAACCUGCUGGCCGCCUUCGUGGUGGCCGGCAUCGUCAUCCUGAUCAUCGGCGAGAGCCCGGUCCAGGCGCUGCUGGUCCUGAUCCGUGGCGCGUUCGGGUUCCCCGAGGCGUGGGGCUACACCCUCUACUACGCCACCAACUUCAUCUUCACCGCCCUGGCCGUGUCCGUGGCCCUCCACUGCGGGCUGUUCAACAUCGGCGGCGAGGGCCAGGGCUACCUCGGCGGCCUGGGCGUGGGGCUGGUGUGCCUGUUCCUGGACGGGCUGCCGCUGGUGCUGCUGCUGCCGCUGGCGGUCGCAGCCGGCGGUCUGUUCGGUGCGCUGUGGGCCUGGGUUCCGGGCUAUCUGCAGGCCCGGCGCGGCUCGCACAUCGUCAUCACCACCAUCAUGUUCAACUUCCUGGCCGCCACGCUGAUGGUGUACCUGCUGGUGAACGUGCUGAUCGACCCCGGGCAGAUGUCCCCGCAGAGCCGCACCUUCGCCGAGCAUGUCCGGCUGCCGGCGAUGCACGAAGUGCUCGGCUGGCUCGGCAUCGCCUUCCCGCGCACGCCGCUCAACAUGGCGUUUCCGUGGGCGCUGGUGUGCGGGGUUCUGGUGUGGAUCUUCAUCUGGCACACGCGCUGGGGCUACGAGCUGCGGACGGUCGGGGCCAAUUCCACCGCCGCGGUCUACGCCGGCAUCUCGCCGUCGCGCAACACCGUCCGGGCCAUGGCGAUCUCCGGCGCGCUGGCGGGGAUGAUGGGGCUGAACGAGGUGAUGGGGGUCAACCAUCGGCUGCUGCUCAACUUCACCGCCGGCUACGGGUUCGUGGGCAUCGCGGUCUCCCUGAUGGGCCGCAACCACCCGCUCGGGAUCGUCGUUGCCAGCCUGCUGUUCGGGGCGCUGUACCAGGGCGGCACCGAGCUGGCGUUCGAGAUGCCGAAGGUGAGCCGUGAGCUGGUGGUGGUGAUCCAGGGCCUGGUGAUCCUGUUCGUGGGCGCGCUGGAGUAUCUGUUCCGGCCCGUGCUGCUGCCCUGGCUGCGUCGCCGCCGGCGCCUCGCGGCGGAGUAG